GAGGAGUCGCCAACAAUCAUCGGAGUCUCCUAUAGGUCUCUAGACCUUUAAAACCGGUACUGCUCCAGUCCUCCAUCGACAGUCGUCUUCCAGAGAGAGAGAGAUGGCGCGAUCUUCAUCGUCGACCACCACCAGAGAUGCUCAAGCCCUCUUCCACUCUCUACGAUCGGCCUAUGCUGCCACUCCUACCAAUCUCAAGAUAAUCGAUCUGUAUGUGAUUUUCGCGAUCCUCACGGCCAUGUUUCAGGUCUUGUACAUGGCAAUAGUUGGAUCGUUCCCUUUCAACUCUUUUCUCUCGGGAGUUCUUUCUUGCAUAGGGACCGCAGUGCUUGCAGUGUGUCUUCGCAUACAAGUCAACAAAGAGAACAAGGAAUUCAAGGAUCUACCACCUGAACGUGCUUUUGCAGAUUUUGUGCUCUGCAAUCUUGUUCUUCAUCUGGUGAUCAUGAAUUUCAUAGGAUAGAUCAAAUCAAUAACCUGCGGUGAUGACUCAAGCACCCUUUGAUUUUGCGCAAAUGCUUUUAUAGUGUUUUCCUCACCUGUUAUGUUCAACUCAUCCAUUCGAAAACUUGAUUAGGAGCUACCACCCAUAGCUUGGCCAUUUGGUUUCGAUGGGCAUUUUCAUCUAUUAUUUUAAAUAUAUUUGCUUCUAAUAGGUAGAAAGGAAA